CCAUACAACAACAAGUUUAUCAACUUCCUAUCAAUCUAUCAUCCCCCAAUCUCUACCCUUAUCAAAGUAACAAUGGCCAGAACUAAGCAAACCGCUCGUAAAUCCACCGGUGCCAAGGUCCCCCGCAAGCACUUGGCUCAGAAGUCCGCCUCCAAGUACCCCUCCACCUCUGGUUUGAAGAAGACCCACAGAUUCAAGCCAGGUACCGUCGCUCUCCGUGAGAUCCGUCGUUACCAGAAGACCUCUGAGCUCUUGAUCAAGAAGCUCCCCUUCCAGCGUCUGGUUCGUGAGAUUGCCCAGGAGUUCAAGACUGAUCUCCGUUUCCAGGCUUCCGCCAUUGCUGCCCUCCAGGAGGCUUCUGAGGCUUACCUCGUUGGUCUGUUUGAGGACACCAACUUGUGUGCCAUCCAUGCCAAGCGUGUCACGAUCAUGGUCAAGGACGUCCAGUUGGCCAAGAGAAUCCGUGGAGAGCGUGCUUAA